AUGAUCUAUAUUGCAAUUGAGGUUGCCUCACUAGCAUUGAGAAUAAUGAUCUACUGGGUAACAAAGAAGCUCUUCCGUGACACAACCAUUGUUCAUAAUACACCAAGUGCCAAGAAGAAGAGAGAGAAGGAACGUAAUCUUUUCAAGCAAUUGCUCUUCUAUGCCUUACCAUUCUUCUUGUUUGGUGUUUGGGUUAUUGUGUACAGAUUGGCCACUGAUAUCAUUUACGUAGUUCGUGUCGCAGAGCAUGGAUUGGAUUCCUUCUCUGAUGAUUUGGAUUUGCCUGGAUUAAUUGUUUUGAGUAUUCACCACAUUUUGAGCCCUCUGAGAGCUUUUGCCAAUAGUGUUGUCUAUUGCUUGUUAUCAAAGUGGUUCAGUGAUAGAGUGAAAGGAUCUUUCCGUAGGUGUUGUGGUCAAAGAAAUUAA